GACUGACUCACAUGUGAGCAAUAUUCAUCAUGGCAGUAGUGAGUUCAAAAGGAGACUGGUUUGUUUCAAGCUGUUCUAGUACUUUAAUCGCAAUAAACCUUAAAAAGACCAGGGAUUUGUUUGUGUUUGACUGUGCAAAAGCAGAGAAACGAAUAAAGGAAGCUGAUGGCGACGAGAAAAGUGGAGGAGGAUCAGAUAAAGACAGUGACAAGAUUCUUGCAUUUGCUGUCUCCGCAUCCGGCAAACAUGUAGCACUCACAGAUGACCACAAACGUCUUGUUCUUUUCUCUACUGAGCCAUCGUGGCAUUGCAUUAGUACACGGUGGGUUAUGCGGAGAUGCACAUCUGUUAUAUUUACUCAAACCGAAGAUGAAGUCUAUGUGGCUGAUAAGUCUGGUGAUGUGUAUUCAUUCUCCGUUCUGGAGCCACAAAAACCAGGAAAGCUACAUCUGGGACAUGUCUCUAUGUUAUUGGCUGUGGCUCUUUCUCCAGAUGAUAAGUAUAUCAUAACCGCAGACAGAGAUGAGAAAAUCAGAAUAAGCUUCCGACUUCAACCGUACAACAUUCAGGCUUUCUGCCUAGGCCACAGAGAAUUUGUCAGUGCAUUGCUUGUGCCUGCAGGACACCCUGACUGGCUUCUCUCCGGCUCAGGGGAUGGCACAGUGAAAGUUUGGCAUUAUGAGACUGGUCAGAGGUUACAAAGCAUUGACCUGAAUCAACUUGUCAUUUUGGAUGACGCCAAUUUAGACACAGAAAAGAGGUUUGCUGUUAGCCGGAUCAUCAGCUCGCCAGAUGGGCGACACAUAGCUGUCCAGUGUGAGGGAUUUCUCUCAGUUCAGCUGUUUUUGGUGGAUGCUGGGACAGAGGUCUGCUUGAAAUCUGCUGAGAAACUUGUUCUUCCUCAUGCUCCCUGGGAUAUGACCUUUGAUUCACAAUGCCAUCUUUGGGUCUUACUAGAGAAUGAAGACGUGAAUGUGCUUCAGUAUCAGUACUCAGAAGAGAACUGGGAGCUGUGUGACACUGAAACACCUGAAUUGAGCAGGGUCACUGAAGCAUUAAAAGCCCAAUGGAAUGUCUUUAAAGGUUCCAUGGGGCUGGAAAGUCAAUAUAAGCACUUGUAUAAAGUGAACUUUGACAACAUGGCAUCGUAUUUACAAAAGAAACAGGAAAGACUAGAAAAGGAAAGCAAGAAGAGAGCAGCAGCAAAUGGCUCUAAACCAAAUUCGACUGAAAAAAGAAGUAAAACGGAGAGCGAUACUGGGAUUCAAAGCACCGGCUAAAUAGGAAGAUUCGUUUUACAUUUGUUUUCAAACAAUGACAAUGAUUGUUAUUUUUUUACUGUUUAAAUGAUUUUUUUAUUGUGUGUGUAUUGUCCAUUAGAUAUCACUAUAAUUUCUUUUAUGCUCAGUUAAUAAGCAGCAAUGAUGAUGGCAUUACUUUUCAUGCAGCCACAAAAGAAUAUGAAUAAACAUAAAACUUAAUUAAAAUA